AGCACCAGCAAGUGUGUCACAGCUUAAUGUUUAACAGAGCCCAGCACUGUGUGUUGUAACCUACAAGUUAUUCUGCGGUGAUCCCCCUGGCCGCCCCCACUUGUGGUCAGCGAUGAGCCUAAAGUUGCCGAGUGAGGAGUGAAGAGCAGAUCAGGGACCCUGGAGCUGUAGGAGGAGACUAGGCAGCUGUUUGUUCUGCUUAUCAGCCCUGCGCUUCAAACAAAACUGCAUUUUUUAAAUCUGAGGAAGGGCCAUGGCGGACACCUCUGAGUGUAAAGACUUUUUCACCCAUGCAGUGUUACCUGAGCUGGAGCCCAGUCUGGCCAUCAAGGUCUUCAUCACGCUGUUGUAUGUUGUACUGCUGCUGGUUGGGAUCAUCGGAAAUGGGAUCACCAUCAAGGUCACACAGGUCCUCAAGACCAAAGGCUAUCUGCAGAAGAGCGUUACGGAUCACAUGGUAAGCCUGGCCUGUUCAGACAUCCUGGUGCUCCUGCUCGGUAUGCCGGUGGACUUGUACAGCUCUAUAUGGUAUCCAUUCCUGUCUGCCAAGGGUAAUGCCAGCUGCAAGAUCUACCAGUUUCUCUUUGAAACCUGUAGCUAUGCCACCAUCCUGAACGUGGCAACGCUCUGCUUUGAGCGCUAUGUGGCCAUCUGCCAUCCUUUCAAGUACAAAUCCCUGUCGGGCUCCAGGACCAUCAAGAUGAUUUGUUGCGUGUGGCUGGCCUCCGUCUUCAUUGCCCUUCCGCUACCUUUUGCCAUGGGUGUGGAGGACCCUUUAAAACCGAUCCCGAACUUCAAUUACGUAAAUAAGUCACGGCGCAGGCACACGGACUGCUAUGUCAAAAAUUCUACCUUCACAAUCUGCACCAACCUCACCUCCAUGUGGAAGGUCUACCAGUUCAGCGUCUUCUUUGCCUUCAUCGCUUACAUUGUGGUGCUGGCUUCCGUCUCCUUCAUGUGCCAUAGGAUGAUGAAUGCCUUGAAGGCCACCCUGGAGGGCACGGAACGGGAAUCCAAAGCUGAUGGGAAGCAUGAGAGUCAACGGACCAGGGCGUCAAGAAAGCAGACCAUCAUUUUUCUAGGAUUAAUUGUUGCAGCCUUAGCUGGAUGUUGGAUGCCAAACCAGAUUCGACGGAUCAUGUUAGCCGCAGUACCCAAGACCGAGUGGACUAUUAAGUACUUCAGGGCCUACAAUGUCAUUCACUACUUUGCAGACUGUUUCUUCUACCUCAGCUCUGUUCUUAACCCGUUUCUCUACAACCUCUCUUCCAAGUAUUUCCGGCAGGUGUUCCUGCAGGUUUUACGAGGUAAAGUGACCAUCGAGCACAUCAACAAGAAGGCAUUGGACUCCACCUACUCCAGGCGCCCUCUGCUUAUCUCCACUUUGAGGCGCAGCUUUUCCAAAGCUAAGCAGAGCAGACGCCACAAAGACAAUGCGAGGCCAGAAGGGGACAAGGAAACUCCUCCAGCAGAAGAAAACAUUGGGCUCAGUGACAAAACGGCCUCAACAAGUGAACCCAAUGAAAUCGAAGUCUGAGUGUUAAAAAUCAAAAAUGUAUAUUUUAACUUGCUAAAAAAAAUAAAAUGACAAAACGACUGUGCAAAUGUUUAGCGUUUCUGAGCAGAACAAUGCCCUCUAUUGAAAUGGACAGUAAACGAAAGACGUUGUAUUGUAAUACAGCUAUUUGUGUUCCUUUGCCGACAUAUAUCAGCCUGACCCCAUCACAUAUUCUGCCUAAUCUGUAUAUGCACCUAAUUGGGGAAAAACAAAAAACACAAAGGUGCAAUUAAAAAAAAAAGGGGCCAACUUAGAAUGGCCUAAUCGUUAAGUGUAUAGCAAUGAGCGAAACUCGUAAGUUUUCGAUGUGCAAUAAAAAUUCAUUUUGUUAGUGAUUUAUCAAUUGAGAAGAACAAAACUCAUUAAAUUGUCUUUAGUUUUUAUAGUUUUAAAGUUUUCUUUUUGGAUGUAAAGCAAAGCAUACUGCUUCUUAAAGCUUCAUCGUGCUUCUGUGUAGCUGCGUGAAACACGUAAUCCAAAUCUCACCCGUAAAAUCAAUGCAGUUUAUGCCUCUCGUUCACAUCAUCGUGGAGGAGUCGACUCAGUUUUUUAAAAAUGAUGAAUAUAUAACUCGAAGACAUGAUAACUAUGUGUUUUCUCCAUCAUCCUGCUGUGUAGCGACCACUUUCGUUUGUUGAGAACAGCGAUUUUUGUGUUUUUAUUUUACUUUAUUUAAAUACUAGCUGUCUAAGCCUGUGAUGUUAAAAGCCCAGAGUCCUAGAAACCAUGGAUUCUGGCACUUCAAUCGAUCAAACUCAUCGGUUGUGCAUUAGCAGCUAAGCAAGGUUCGCUUUCCUCGGCAGUUUCGUUUUGCCGAUGUUCUCGCCACCGUUGUCUAUCAGCGUCUAAGUGAGUUUCUCUCUCCUCAGAGGUUUCAUUUUGCUGAUGUACUCGUCUCGCUUGUGUAUUAGCGGCUAAGUGAGUGUCUCUUUCAUCUGAGGUUUUGUUUUGCCGAUGUGCUCACGUCUGUUGUCUAUCAGCAUCUAAGCGAGUUUUUCUCUCCUCGGAAGUUUCGUUUUGACGAUGUACUCACCACCAUUGUGUAUCAGCGGCUAAGCAAGUUUCUCUCUCCUUGGAGGUUUCGUUUUGUCAAUGUGCUCGCCUCGCUUGUGUAUUUGCUGCUAAGCGAGUGUCUCUCUCCUUGGAGGUUUCGUUUUGCUGAUGUGCUCGCUUCGCUUGUGUAUUAGUGGCUAAGUGAGGAUCUCGUUCAUCGGAGGUUUCAUUUUGCUGAUGUACUCGCCUUGCUUGUGUAUUAGCGGCUAAGUGAGUUUCUCUCUCUUUGUAGGUUUCAUUUUGCCGACGUACUCACGUCUGUUGUCUAUCAGCGGCUAAGUAAGUUUCUCUCUCCUCAAAGGUUUCAUUUUAAUGAUGUACUCGCCACCAUUGUGUAUCAGCGGCUAAGCGAGUUUCUCUUUCCUUGGAGGUUUCGUUUUGCCGAUGUACUCGCCUCACUUGUGUACUAGCGGCUAAGUGAAUUUCUCUCUCUUUGUAGGUUUCAUUUUGCCGACGUGCUGACGUCUGUUGUCUAUCAGCGACCAAGCAAGUUUCUCUCUCUUUGGAGGUUUCAUUUUGACGAUGUACUCACCACCAUUGUGUAUCAGCGGCUAAGCGAGUUUCUCUUUCCUUGGAGGUUUCGCUUUGCUGAUGUACUCGCCUCACUUGUGUACUAGCGGCUAAGUGAAUUUCUCUCUCUUUGUAGGUUUCAUUUUGCCGACGUACUCACGUCUGUUGUCUAUCAGCGGCUAAGUAAGUUUCUCUCUCCUCAAAGGUUUCAUUUUAAUGAUGUACUCGCCACCAUUGUGUAUCAGCGGCUAAGCGAGUUUCUCUUUCCUUGGAGGUUUCGCUUUGCUGAUGUACUCGCCUCACUUGUGUACUAGCGGCUAAGUGAAUUUCUCUCUCUUUGUAGGUUUCAUUUUGCCAACGUGCUGACGUCUGUUGUCUAUCAGCGACCAAGCAAGUUUCUCUCCCUUUGGAGGUUUCAUUUUGACGAUGUACUCACCACCAUUGUGUAUCGGUGGCUAAGCGAGUUUCUGUCUUCUUGGAGGUUUCAUUUUGCCGAUGUGCUCGCCUCGCUUGUCUAUCAACGGCUAAGCGAGUGUCUCUCUCCUCAAAGGUUUCAUUUUGACGAUGUACUCGCCACCAUUGUGUAUCAGUGGCUAAGCGAGUUUCUCUCUUCUUGGAGGUUUCGUCUUGCGUCUGUUGUCUAUCUGAAGCUAAGUGAGUUUCUCUUUUGUUUCACUUUGGCGACACGCUGUCAUGUUUUAGUCUCGCACUUAUUUCUUCUUCCAACUCGUUAAAUUGGCUCUUUGAGCUUCAUGCUGUAGCCCUGCACUUCCGGGCCCGAGAGACAGACAGACACACACACUUCCACGUGUAGACGUUUAUAUAUAAUACAAAAUGGCGGGCAGCUGCAUGCAGAAUUAAUGCCUGAGAACACUUCCGGGUAGGAAAUAAACUCCUCUUCGGUAGAUGGUACGAAAUUCAUUGAAAGAGAAAACUCCAUUUUUUUUUUCUGCAAAGGAGUUUUGGUGGGUAUUCGUUAUCGUGCAAAUCGUUUCGCUCAUCACUGUCAGUGUGGGAAAAGCAAAAAUUACUUUUUAAAUAAAUGAAUGCAUUUUUCCCGUUUUCUUACACCUAAUUUUGUAUUAUGGUGCAGCUGAAGUUUGCACCUUGUCUUUUGUUUUUAGGUACUCACAGAUUUUGAUUAUAUUGUCACACACGUGUCAUUCUCAACUAACAGUUCUGCUUAUCUCAGCUGUUCAUUACAUUGGAGCUGCAUAUGAGCGCACGAGACAUGUGAUACAUAUAUAUGACAUAUUUUACACGUGAGGUUUACCAUAAUACUUGUGGAGAAAACACGUGAGUCAAAGAGAGCAGCCACCUGAAAUUACAGCAAGUGUGCUGCUGGCUCGGCCAUUAGCAGGUGGCACUAAGUGGCACUGCCAUGCAACUAAGUCAUGAAUCGUAGAAAAUGUUUGCCAGUCUGAGAUUUUUACUUUACUAUACGGCAGCUAUGGAAGUAUGCACUUAUGCAACUCAAACUCAACUUCUUCUCCCUUGAGGAUUACCAGGACUGUGCUGGGAGAGCAGAUGAAAAUGGAUUGAAUUACAUUUAACGGCAAACAGUAAUUGAGAAGAUGGAAUCUACUUUGUCUUGCCAGCAAUUACUGAAUACGUUGAUGGACUGAAUAGCUCACUCAUGUCAAAGUUUUAUGGUAUGGUACCUUGCAAAAGUACUCAAUCCUGGUGAAAGUCAUCACCUUUUUUA